CCCGCCCGGCCUCCUGAGGCCGACGCACAAGAUGGCGGCGCCGAUGGCCCGCUGGAAGUUGCGGGCCGAGGCGGGCUAUUGAGUUGUGGCACACGGAAAGGGACCCCAGACAGGCCUCGCUCAGGUGACAGGUGAGCGGGCAGCGCCGCUGACCCCGUGACGGUGCAUGGCCUCCUCGCUGCUGUCUCCAGUUUUUACCGCCCCCCAAACCCUGCCCCGGGGCGGAACCAAAGGUCAGGCCAGUCUGUCCCGCCUAUCUUCGUCUUGGGGCGGUUCCCGUGAGUGGCUCACUUUUAGAAUUGAGUUUAGCCACGUGUAGCUUCCAUGGCUGCGGUACAGGCCCCGGGGGAGAAGAUUAAUAUCCAGGCAGGAGAGACGACCAAGGUCGGGGACACAGACCAGCAGAGGAACGACUGGCCUGAGGAGGACAGGCUUCCAGAACGAUCCUGGAGACAGAAGUGCGCCUCCUAUGUGUUGGCCCUGAGGCCCUGGAGCUUCAGUGCCUCACUCACUCCUGUGGCCCUGGGCAGUGCCUUGGCCUACAGAUCCCAGGGUGUCCUGGAUCCCAGGCUGUUGUUGGGUUGUGCAGUGGCCGUCCUGGCUGUGCACGGGGCUGGCAAUUUGGUCAACACUUACUAUGACUUUUCCAAGGGCAUUGACCACAAAAAGAGUGAUGACAGGACUCUGGUGGACAGAAUUUUGGAGCCCCAGGAUGUUGUUCGAUUUGGAGUCUUCCUUUACACCUUGGGCUGUGUGUGUGCUGCUUACCUCUACUACCUGUCCACCCUGAAACUGGAGCACUUGGCUCUCAUCUACUUUGGAGGCCUGUCUGGCUCCUUUCUCUACACAGGAGGAAUUGGAUUCAAGUACGUGGCACUGGGAGACCUCGUCAUCCUCAUCACUUUCGGCCCGCUGGCCGUGAUGUUUGCCUAUGCUGUCCAGGUCGGGUCCUUGGCCCUCUUCCCUCUGGUCUACGCCAUCCCUCUGGCCCUCAGCACAGAGGCCAUUCUCCAUUCCAACAACACCAGGGACAUGGAGUCUGACCGAGAGGCUGGCAUCGUCACGCUGGCCAUCCUCAUCGGGCCCACCCUCUCCUACGUCCUCUACAACACGCUGCUCUUCCUGCCCUACCUGAUCUUCACCAUCCUGGCCACGCACUGCAGCAUCAGCCUGGCGCUGCCCCUCCUCACCAGCCCCAUGGCCUUCUCCCUGGAGAGGCAGUUCCGCAGCCAGGCCUUCAACAAGCUGCCCCAGAGGACGGCCAAACUCAACCUCCUGCUGGGGCUUUUCUAUGUCUUUGGCAUCAUCCUGGCACCAGCAGGCAGCCUGCCCAGACUCUGAGGAGACCAGCAGCUCCCACCACAGCCCAGCCCCUCCUCAGGAGGUACAGAAGCCAGAGACUGAGAAGGGGUGCCAGUGGCCAGGGUGGGUGCAGGCACAAACUCUGAACUCUUGCCCUUGUGUGUGGGGAUGAUCUUUCUAGAGAUAAUCUGCUUGUGAUUUGUGUCCCAGGUCACGGGGAACCCUGAAACCACUCUAGUGUCUGAAGAGGAAUUGGACGCACUGUCCCUGUGUUAUUUAUAGUCUCCACUAGAGGGUGCUGUCAGGCCACUUUAGGAUGGAAGGUCCAUUUCCCCUCUUGUUCUAGACAGAAUGCCCUAACAAUUUGUGAAGGAACUGUGUCCCAAGAGAGCCGUAGUGACUAGGCAUGGUACUGCCCUGUUACCUUGGCACGUAGGAAAUUGUAGUAAUUGGUGCCAGGUCCCAUUUACACAGAACACCUGUCCCCUGAAUGUGCUGCCUGCUAGAGAAGGGCCCUCAUGAACAGCAUGUGCUCCUGGCUUUUGUGUAGUUGGUGGUUCAUACGUUUCUGUCCUUCACGUCUCCUUUCAGUCCUCACCACUGCGGAGGAAAGUGUCAGAUCACCCUGCAGCAAGACAGCUAAGCCUGGGGCGGUGAGAAAAGCACUCCCCUCUCGGUAACACAUGGCAUGGGAUGGUGAGGGAACUGCUUCCCUCUGCGGACUCCACUAGGGUGGCAGUAAUUUUGGGGACCUGAAGCAGUCGUGGGAUGGGCAUUUAAAGCCCACAGGGCUGGUCUCCUACCUGGUAUUCCUCCUGCCCAGCAUCUCUGUGCCUCCAUUUGUCCCCAGUGUCCAGACAGUGGGCAACAGUAACACGAGUCAGGGACACUUGCCCACAUCCACAGAGCCACAGGAUGGGCAAGGCAGGGGCCUCCUGAGUGUACAAGCCAGUGGAUGACAGUCCUGGCCCCACUCAGCCAGAAUGAGAGGCCAUGCCAGUGAAAGAACUAAGAACAUGGUUCUUCAUCUCUCUGUGCUUGGUUGCCUUGUUCAGACAGUGGGUGGCUUCAGCGAGGACCAGAGGUGUCUCAGUCUCUCCUGUCACACCCUUCUGAGUGUAACAGCAUCUUGCAUGGAGAUGAUCACACCAUCUCCAGUGUGCUUCCCUCUGACCAGCUGUCCUGGAGGGUGCUUCAGGCUCUCAGCCUGCAGGAAACCACCUUGACGUAGCACUGGGUCACUUCCUUGGGGAAACGUUUAAACAUUGCCCAGAGUUCCUCUGUAGUCAGGGUGGUUUGUCUACCAGAGAGCCGGGGUCCCUGAGCUCGAAUCAGGGUCCAGAAACCUAGGAGAGGAAUAUUCUUUCCUGUUCUCCCCAGCACGCCGGGUUUGUGGCAUCUGGGGCUUUGCAGUGUCCUGCCUAUGACCCCUGCUUGGGGCUGACCAUUUGUCACCCAGAGCCUGGAAGACCAAUGACUCUCACUGUCCAUAUGCCAGGCCUGAUAUGUGGCUACCCUCAUGAGAACUGUGUCAGCUGCUACACCGAGCUCUGGUGCAGAUUUUAAAUGCCUAUUUUUAUAUACGAUCCCCAGAGGCCAUAUUUGAUGCCACAUUUUGUAUACAGACCACCAUAAUUUGUAUUAUGUCUCCUGAUUCAAUGAAGGUUUCCUGUAAAUUUAUUAAUUAAAAUAAGAGAAAACACA